AUGGCUCACAAAGAAUUUUUUAUUUAUACUGAUCGAAAUAAAUUGCUUACACCAUCUACUAUAGAGUAUAGAGUUGAAAAGUUAUUCAAACCCAAAGAAUUGAAACCAUAUAUAAAAGCAUGCUACGAAGAAUUGAAAUCAGAAGGUGCACACUCUGUAUUUAAAAAUUUUGAUAAAAUUUUUUCAAUGAUAGAGUUUAUUGACCAGACUGACUACAAAGACUUACAUUACGUUUAUGAAAACAUUCUCGUUAAGAGUUUAAAUAUUAUUGCAUCAUUUUUCUCAAGUUAUGGUGAGAUUGCAGAUAUAUCACUAGAACUACGGCAUCAAUUUACAAAUAUCAUAAAAAUGAACGUUUAUCUCUUUGUUGAGUUUGUUCAUAGUUUUAACGCAAAAUUCGAAACUGAUUAUAAACUUUUACUUCUUGAAACAAAAGGUCGAAAUAAAAAGCAGGACAUGAUUCAAAAGCAUACUGCUGAUUAUGAUUGGAAUUGGGAAGAUAAAUUGACUAUUGGGUUAAAUGCAAUUAACAGUAUUAUUUCAAAUAAUAUUACUCAAUUAUAUGAUCCUCCGUAUAUUGAUCAUACUUUUGUAUCGUAUGUUGCUUCUUGUUGUUAUACUCAGUUGGAAAAUCCUAGUAUUGCUUUUGUACGAACCAAAUCACUUCGAGAUAGUGUUAUGCAAAUUCUAGAAAUACUUAUUAUUGACUAUGAUCAUGCACAUGAUUUUAAAACCCAAGUAGUUCAAAUGCUGAAAUUAUAUGAACAUUUGGCAUUGCCUUUGGCUAAAACUGUUUUACAAGUAAUUGAGUCUGGAAAUAACCGAUCUUCAUUAAUCGAACUAAUUGUUAAAGAAAUCGCAGAAACAGGAGGAGUGGAAGGUAUCAAAGAAAUAAAUAAUCAGGAAAUAACUGGUGGUAAAUCUUGCUGUGCUUUUCUUGUGGAAAUUGCCAAGCAUAGCCCUCAAUUGUUAUUGCCAAAUAUUGACCAUUUGUUGCCAUGCUUGGAAUCUGAUCCAUAUACUAUGAGAAUUUGUGUCUUAAGUGUUCUGAAAGAAUUAAUUGUUCAAGUCUUAAAUAAUGAUGAAUUGGAUGAACUUCAGAAGAAAACGAGAGACAGUUAUUUAACUAUUAUGCAAGAUCAUCUAAUAGAUGUAAAUGCAUUUGUUCGAUCUAAAGUAUUACAAUUGUUUACGGCCAUAAUAAAUGAAGACUGUUUACCAAAACAGAUGUAUAGUUUAAUAUUAAAUUGUGCUGAAGAAAAACUACGUGACAAAAGUUCAUAUGUUACAAAAAGUGCUAUUCAAUUAAUCAAAACAUUAAUCAAAUUAAACCCAUAUAGUUGUGAUUUUACAGAAGAAAAACUACAUGAUAAAUUAAAAGAAGAAAACUGCAGUUUAAAAUGUAUGAAAAGAGUGCUUAAAGUUAAAGUAGAUUGUGAAAUCAACAAAGAAGAUAUGUGGCCUUCAAUUGAAGCACCUUUAAAAUUGUUUUUAGAAGAAACUUUUGAAGAUUCAAACUUUGACAUUUUUGAUGAAGUCAAUAUAUUAAAGGAUAUGGAGUUAUCUGAUGUUUUGAUGAAGAUAAAAAGUUAUAUUACUUCCAACAAAUUUAAGUUGGCUUUAAAAUAUGUAUUAUGCGGAAGAGAGACAUUCAAAGAUGAAUCACUAUUUCAACUGGGAGAUGAAAAUAACUUGUCAGAACAAUAUUUUUUAAUGUUAAAAAAUAUUUGGUACUGUGAAAAUAUAAUGCUUUCAAUGGAGUCAACUAACAUAGACAAUUUGAAACAGAUGAAUACAGAAGAAAUACAUUUUCUUAUUUUCUCAACAGAAUCUAAAAUUGCAUACCUUCAGAAUUGUGCUGACUAUUUACAUACUAUUAAAAAAGCAUUAAAUACCAUAAGUCUAUUGAUGUUUGGAGAUACUGCAUCAGAGUCAUUAGAAGCUAUUGACUUUUUUACAACUGCUCAUAAAUUUGGUGUACCUCACUCUCAGUCUGGUAUUGAUGCUAUGCUAACAUUGAUAUUUUCAUCUGAUUCUAAUAUUAAAGAAGCUAUGAUGAAUUCUUAUAAAACGAUAUAUUUGAAUAUUGAAGAAAACAAGGACUCAUCCACUACACGGCCAGUAACCGUUAUAACCAGACUUGUAAGUUUAAUAAAAACUUUAACUGUAACUAAGAGAAGAGCAUUUAAAGCAUUAUUAAAUGAAUGGAUAAAAAAUAAAACAUUAGAUGAUGAAUGUAUUCUGGUGUUAUGGGCAUGGUUGACUAAACCUAAAGAUAUCUCUGAAGAAGAUCGUAGAGCUGCUGCUCUUAUUUUGUCAUUGCUUGCCGGGGCACAACCUUCUAUUGCAAUGGGAAACAUAGAAAGUAUUCUCCAUCAUGGAUUAUGUGACGACUUUGAAUUAUUUAUUUAUUCUUGUCAAAUAUUGGAACCAAUUGCUCACGAACAUUUUACAAGAUUUCAUGAAAAUCACGAACUAGUUAAAAAAAUAUUUAAUUUAAUACAAAAAGGUUUUAAUGAAUGUGAUGUUCAAUCAUUCAAUGAUAUUGCUACAUAUGCUAUUAACAUAAUUUAUAAAUUGACAACUGAACCAGAUGGUACUUGUCAGAUAUUGAUGGUAAAAUUGUAUAAAUCUAUGUUGAAUAACAAAAAUGGUUCCUCUCAGCAGAAUAAUGUCCUUGUUCAAUUUGAUAUUGAUAUGUUUGCCAAAUAUAUUUUUGUCAUUGGUCACGUAGCGUUACAGCAGUAUGAACAUUUAGAAAAUUAUGUUUCAAAGGAGUUAAUACAAAAAGUGAGAACUAAAUACCAAACUAAAAAAUUAAAAAUGAACCAAGCUAAGGAAGAUGAAAAUGUACAUGAUUCUGAAGCUGCUGAAGUAGAGGCUUUAAGUGAUCGGAUCCGAAAAAUUUGUGAUAAACAACUUUUAAAGGGAAAGGGAGUUAUUACUCAUUUAACAAAACAUGUAUUAAACGCAUGUAAUUCAAAUAAUUCAGUUUUGAGGGCAAAUGGUAUUAUUACUUUUAUGAAGUUUAUGUUGAUAUCUACUUCAUUUUGUCAAAAUUAUAUACCGAUGUUUCUAAAACUAAUUGAAAAUGGUGAUAACUUUGUAACAGUUGUCGAUCUCGUAUCUGGGUUUGGCUGGUUGGUUUACCGGCAUCCAAAUGUGUUAGAACCUUGUACUGAUAAACUCUAUGCAAGGUUACAUGACAAAUGUAAUGAAGUUCGCUAUAGUACUUUAGUCACUAUAGUAGACCUUAUACGUCAAGAAAUGAUUAAAGUCAGAAGACAAGUUGCUGGUAUUGCCAAACUGCUUGUCGAUAAAGACGUAAAAAUUAAUUACCAUGCAAAACAAUUUUUCGGAGCUAUUGCAGAAAAAGGAAACACUCUUUACAAUGUCUUAUCUGAUAUUAUUUCAACCUUGUCAAACCCUGAUGAUUUGGUGCCAGAAUCUGAUUUUCAGUCAAUCAUGAAAUUUUUACUUCCACUUAUUAACAAAGAACGCCAAAUUGAAUCUUUAGUUGACAAAUUAUGUAUAAGACUAAAAGAAUCAAAUAAUCAAAUUCAAGAAUAUUAUAUAUCUUAUUGCUUGACGCUUAUUAAGUUUACAGACAAAAGCCUAACUAAGCUUUCAGACAAUAUAUCUCAUUAUACUGACAAACUUAGGAACCCUAAAGUUUACAAUAAUUUUAAUAUACUUAUAAGUUUAAAUUCUAAAAUGGCCAAACCAGCCACUAAAGAAAUACUAAAUGAAUUGACUUGUAAGAUUGAAAAAAUUGUAAAAGAUGAAGACUUUGCUGUUCUACUUUCACAAAAAACUCCUGGAAAACGUUUAAAUACAGUAAAAAAGAAAGCACCUAUAAGUGUUACCAAUGGAUCCUCAGAAGAUGAAGUUGAGCCGUUACAGUUGGUAACAAAACGAAGUGCUAGAUGUCGUAGCAAAGUUAAAAGGAGGCUUUUGGAAAACAAUACCGAAGAAGAAGAAAACGAUGAAGAAAUUGCCCGUACGAGUGGUGUGAGUAAUGUUCAAAAGAUUCUUCGUAUUAAGGUCAAUGAAGAUAGUGAAUCUGACGAUGAGAAAAUUAAUGUAAUUAAACGAACUAAAAGACAGAACAAGUUUGGUAGUUUGAAUAAAAAAAAUCCACGGUAUAAAUCCUAAACGAUGACAACAAUGCAUCAUAUUUAUUAUCUUUCAUUCAUGGGAUUUGUUAGUGUUCAAAUAUAUGUUAAAUGAAUUAAUAUUAAUAAUAUGUUGACGGUUAUUUGCAUGUUCUUGUUGUACUUUAUAGGUUAAUAAUUAUAUUAAUAUGACUA